AUGGUGAGCGUUUCUUUACUGGGACCUAUUGUGACGUAUCAGUUUCUUUACUACUAUGUCGUCAUUCAGGGCCAAUUUUCAAGCAACCUGAUCCAGUGGACCCACUUGCCAGUGGCCAUUAGUCCUGACAAGUGGUAUGACGUAAUGGGCGCAUGGUCGGGUUCCGCUGUGGUUCUCGAUGACGGAACUCCUGCUAUUCUGUACACCGGAAGCAGCAAAGACAAUGUGCAGCUACAAAACCUGGCUUUCCCAGAAAACACAUCUGAUCCUUACCUCACAACAUGGGUGAAAAGCCCUUACAAUCCCAUAGCCGUUCCACCAUCUGGAGUUAGCAAAUUUGACUUCAGAGACCCAUCCGCAUGGAAAGGAAGUGACGGACUAUGGCGAAUGAUCGUUGGAUCAAGGCAAAAUGGGACCGACUGCGUGUUCAUGUACAAGAGCAAGGACUUCCUGAACUGGUCGAAGAUUCCUCAAACAGUUACGACGGCGCCAGGACGAGCUGGAAUGUGGGAGUGUCCAGAUUUAUAUCCAGUUUCCACGAUUGGCAAAGCUGGACUGGAUACGUGCUCUGAAAAUGACGUCUGCCGUCACGUUUUAAAGGCAUCCUUUGAUGACGAUUUUCUUGAUUACUAUGCCAUCGGAACCUACAGCCAAGCAAAUGAAACUUGGGUUCCAGUAGAUUCGCACAUCGAUGUCCAAAAUGGGCUGCGAUACGACUACGGGAAGUUCUAUGCAUCGAAGACCUUUUAUGACCCCUCUACGCAACGCCAGGAACUGAAGCUUCUGCGAGGAAGGCACUUCCAUGAUGCUGGCCUCACACUGAAGGAGGGAAUGAACAAGCUUGUCAACGGCCUUUCAAGCGUGCAGGUGGAUAUGGAGAUAGCGUUCGCCAUUCCCGACGUUAUGUCUUCCAAUGAGUGGACAACUCCAUUGUGGAGUCCUUUGCCCAAGGAGGGAAGUCUGUCAUAA